GUUGCAAGCCGAGGCGGGGAGAUUGUAUAACUACGCCCUUUCUGGAAUGGAAGGAAAACCAAUGUUCGUCUCACCUGUUGCAAUGGACUGUCGCCCGGCACAAUCUGACGCAACCAACCUCAAGUUACCAGAAGGCUUAGAGAUCCGUACUACAUUCGUCAAUGAGGCCCCGCACCAUAGUGUUUUCUGUACUCACGCCGCCAUACCACGUGGCACGAGAUUUGGGCCGUUCAAGGGCAAGGUCGUCCACAUAAGCGAGAUGAAAGAUAAGGAAGAAAACUCUCGAAUGUGGGAGAUCUUUAAGGAUGGCAAGCUGAGUCAUUUCAUCGACGGCCGCGGCAUAGAGGGCAACUGGAUGACCCUUGUGAACAGCGCGCGCAACCCGCGAGAGCAAAAUCUCGAGGCAAUCCAGGUCAAGGACGAGAUCUACUAUGAGGCCUGUAAGGAUAUUCUGCUCGGCUCCGAACUGCUGGUCUGGUACGGAGAGAACUAUAAGCAGUGCAUGAUGAUUUCAAGCGGGAUAAGUGCAGAUGUGAAGAGCACCGAAAGGGAGAAAGAAAUUGAUGAAAGUUCACCGGGUUUCCAGUGCGAGCGAUGCGGCAAGGUUUUUGCUUACCAGUAUUACAGAGACAAGCACUUAAAGUACACACGCUGUGUGGAUAAGGGGGACAGAAAGUUCCCCUGUCACCUUUGUGAUCGAUCGUUUGAGAAGAGGGACCGCUUGAGAAUCCACAUCCUCCAUGUCCACGAGAAGCACCGUCCCCACAAAUGCACCGUGUGUGACAAGAGUUUCUCCCAGUCUUCCAGUCUCAACAAACACAUGCGGGUCCACAGCGGUGAACGACCGUAUAAAUGCGUGUAUUGCAGCAAGGCUUUUACGGCAUCUAGCAUUUUGAGGACACACAUACGUCAGCAUUCAGGAGAGAAACCCUUUAAGUGUAAGCAUUGCGGCAAAGCUUUUGCAUCGCACGCAGCACAUGACAGUCACGUGAGGCGCACGCACACAAAAGACAAGGCAUGCGCAUGUGCAAUAUGCGGCAAAACUUUCAACCAGACUUAUGAGCUGUCUUUCCAUAUGCGGUCGCAUAAAGUUGAGCAAACCAACCCAGACACCACUUGCGAGCAAUGUGGUCUACACUUCGUGACACCAAGUUUACGUCACGACCACGUGACCAGCGGACAGUGCCAGCACGCGAAGCGCGUGAGCAUGCGCAGUGACUCUUCUAGCAGCGGGUUCUCUGAUGGGGAUUCCGUCAUUUCCAAUGACUCCAUUAUUGAGCGACCGGAGGAAUACAUAGACGUCGAAGCUUAAUCCCAUUGUUCACUUUUCUAAUUUUCCUUUUUUUUUUAUACACCAGUAGAUAUUCUAGUAAGGAGCGUCUGAUCAUUUGUUGUACUCCCUAUCUAAGCCAGUUGAUGCUGGAAUUCAACACAUCCUGUGUGUCACGGAAAGCAUGUAUAGCCUACCCAUCGAGCCGUUAAACGCCCUGUUCGAUCGAUAGAAAUCUCUGAAAGAUAUUUCAAAAGUCGAUAUAAAACUCAUUGGCACAGCUGCCUGAAUUUCAUUUUGAUUUUUCUCGACAAUUCCAAAAACUGCAUCGAAUCAACUCUAGGUUUUAUAAAAUUGGUUUCUGUGCACAUAAAAGUUUCGGGUAUAUAGUUUGAAGAGUGUUUAGCAUAGAACUGAUUGAUUUGUAAAUAGAAGAUAUAGUUGCUAAUACGACAAUCAAGAGUAAGAAUGCCAAUAGAUUCGCAUUUAUCAAACCUUGCCAAUUAUUUUAACGUAAUAAGAGGUACAGUCAUCAAGCCUUGCUGUUGACUUAAAAGACUUAAGUAAUGGGCUUUAUACGAUAAUUAGCUGUCAUUUUAGCUCAGACUAUAUGCCAAACUGAGUUUAGCCUAGAAGACACUUUAUUGACAGAACAAAUAUGGUAUUAUGUAUAUAACACUUAUUAUGUACAUAAGUAAUUGACUAUAUAUCAGAUAUAUAAUGGCGGAAAUGUGAAUGACAUGAAGUAUUCAAGGAAAAGCAACGAGUGCGUGACGACUUAUUCGUCACUGUCAUGACAACGACAUUCCAUAUAGUUAUCAGUUUUGAUAAAACGCGAUCAUGUAAA